UCUGAGUUUACAAGAAUGCCUGAUCCAGCAAAAACCGCGCCCAAGAAGGGUUCUAAGAAAGCCGUCACCAAGACCACUGGAAAGGGAGGAAAGAAGCGCAGAAAGUCCAGGAAGGAGAGCUACGCUAUCUACGUGUACAAGGUCUUGAAGCAAGUGCAUCCUGACACUGGCAUUUCAUCAAAGGCCAUGGGCAUCAUGAACUCCUUUGUUAAUGAUAUUUUCGAGCGCAUUGCUGGCGAGUCUUCCCGUUUGGCUCAUUACAACAAGCGUUCUACCAUCACUUCAAGGGAGAUUCAGACCGCUGUGCGCCUUCUGUUGCCAGGAGAGUUGGCCAAACACGCAGUAUCUGAGGGCACCAAGGCCGUCACAAAGUAUACCAGCUCAAAGUAAACCGACGUGCCACAAAUAUUGAACCAAAGGCUCUUUUAAGAGCCACCCACACAAUCACGGGAGGCAAAGAAAAACCUUUUGAACUGUAAUUUAAUGUGGAGCUAGGUCUUGUGUUAUGAGGUAUAGCCAGCGGACUUGCAUGCAUGUGCCUCAAUGGCUGUUUCAUCAAUCAUUUAGUCUUAAGGACAUGCUUACAUGUAUGUGACCAAAAAAAAUGCCGCGCGCUGUAAUUGUAGUUAAUUUGACAGUCGCCCGAACUCAGGCCGAUUUAACUGUAACCGAACCACAAAUGCAUCCAACGAAGCACUGAGAAACCGUGCUAGAACAUGCUGUGCAACCUUAACAGAUUCGAGACUGCAACUUCAAAACAGUGGUACAUGUUAGUGAACUUAUCCUAACCUAGAAUAUGAAAAAGUAAACCGUUACAAUCCUAAAAUACAUAACACGGUGCUAAGUGGUAGAGGGAAACAUUGUAAUGUUUUAUGUAAUGUGCAUUUUAAAUGUGUAUAUGUAUAUAUAUGUGUAACAGGGAGUGAUCACUUUCCGAUAUUAUGCUCUAUGAAUUUUGAUAUGUAUGUUCAGACUCUACUGCAGCACUUAAGAGUUUGAAUUCAAAAGAAACAAUAACAGGUGAUUUAUUGACGGAAACAUGUAUCAUUCUGAGAAUACGAAGACUUGGGAUUAAUGUACAAUUUUGUUGCGUUCCUGCUAAUGUUGGUGUGGAGGGAAAUGAGGGCAGAUGAGAUUGCAAAGAGAGCGUUGAAAUUAAAUGACGAUGAAAUAAUGAAAAUUGCCUUUGGAAAACGUGAGGCCAAAUCGUCAAUAAGAAAGGCAGUGAGGGAUUCGUGGCAGAAGAAGUGGGACAUAGAUAUCAAAGGGAGACACUAUUGCAGUAUACAGAAAUCAAUUAAAGUGAAGGCUUUCAAAGGGAAGUGCAGAAGAGAGGAAGUGGUUUGUUCAAGUUUAAGAUUUGGGCAUGCUUGAUUAAAUUCAACUCUUUAUUUAAUGGCAAAGUGUAUUUCAGAUAAAUGUGAUAUUUGUAAUGUUCCAGAAAAUGUCGAGCAUGUCAUAAUGAGGUAUACUAAAUAUAAUUCAGAGAGGAACACUUUACGUGAUAAGAUAUAUGAGCUAGGAUUGGAAUGGAAUUUGGAAGGGAUUUUAGGGAAGGGACAGAAAAUGUGGGAGUGCUGCAAGACUCUAUUUUCCAUAAAGAUACUGGAUUAGAUCAUAAAAUAUCGUUUUUUUUCUCUUUUCUUUUCUUUCCUUUUAUGUAAUCUGAAGAAUGUAAAUACCUGAUGAUAUACACUCCGGUACAGGAGGUGGCGGUAUGCACCUAUACACGUACGUUUUAUUUCAACCAUUGAUUUUAGAGAAGAAGAACAAGCAGAAGAAGAACGUCCAACUCAAUCGCUUCAUGGUUCACACAGCUUUUAGCAGGCGUUUGGGAUCAUUUGCCGCUGUUUAUGAACUACAUGACAAUAAACGAACAAUUUAGUUGUAUUAAGAGUGUCUGCAAACGAUAGGGGUAAGUGUUUUAAAACCAUAAUAUUGAUGCUUUUGCAGUUGUGUUGGUUUUGCUUACCAGGAAGCUCCAAAUCAGGGUCCUGUUUCAUGUCGCGACGUGGGUUACUCAGCUAACCAAUUCGUUUGUUGACAUUUGUGGAUAAACUCACUAUUUUCGGUUUCACGGAAAUAGUUCACUGUUUAGACAGAAAUGUACCGAGGCGAGGUACAUUAUUAUUAUUAUUAUUAUUAUUAUUUAGCGACCCUGAUAAUAUAGGAGUAAUAAUUAACUUUGUUAGUUAAUUUGCAUUAUUCAUAUAUUACAACGUACAGUGCUUCCUGUUUGAAGACAAUAAUAAAAGCAAAAUAAAACCAACAAGCAGGGCAUAGGAUUACACAGUAAAUACAGUAGUAAAUAAUUAGAAAAUUAAAACGGUAGAGAAGAAAAGAAAUAAAAUGAGAACCAGACAACCAUUAAAGCCAAAGAAAUGAAAAUAUAAGUAGCCUAAAGCUAUAGUUGCUGUACUGAGCACGGAAAGUCUGCAAUGCAUCCAAAAGGCAUGUCAUUGUGUUAAUCAGAUUUCCUGGUUGUGCAAGGGUGAACACUAUUAAGGAAGGUUUCAAUUGCAAGAGGGCUUCACAAUGGUAAUAUUUCACAAUAGUAUAUUCAACAUGACAGUGCCAUGUUGAAAGUGACUGAGCUCUGUAGUGCGACCCAUUUUAAUGUCAAUGUUUGUCUAUGGAACUUGAUGAAUGUAUGCUUGAUUUUAUGCUCCUGUUAGCAAUGGGUGUUGCUGAAGUAGCCGAACCCUCUAAUUAGAAAGGCUGUCCACAUACUUUUGGCAGUGUAGUUAUGUGUUUGUUUCUCUUGUGAGGAUUGCUUUCUUUAUUUUAGAGGUGAAAAAAUAUGCCCUCCAGUGUUGCCAUUAUUUGAUC